CAUGUUUUUGAAAAUGGUAUAUUAUCAAGAAAACCAGGUUCUCAUAGACAUGCUCAUACACCAUCAACUGGACGUACUAAAAUUUUAAUGGCACUUCAUACACCUUCAUGGUAUCGAUUUUAAUUAAGACACCCCGGCAUUACGUCGUCCGUGACUAUCCAGAAUCUGGUGUGAGAUCGGCACAGGAGCAGUACAGUUACAGUUAUACAAAUUCAUCAAAUACAUCAUCAUCAGAUCCAUACAGUCGUCCUCGUUCAACAACACAAGAAACAACUGUUAGACGUGAAAGAGGACCACAAGGAAAUUAUUCAACAGAAAGAUCAUCAAGAACAUCAUCAUCUGGUACUGGACCUGGUGGUUAUCAUUCUUCAUAUGAAUCAACAACAUCAGGACGUUUACCUGGUGGAACAACUUAUCGUCAUUAUUCAUAUCGUGUUUAAUUUAUCAACAAAUAUACAUUAUUAUAUAAAAAAAAUUUUAAAUUAUUUAACUUUUUUUCAUAUACAAUAAUGUAUAUUUGUUUUUUAAUUAUCCUUGAAUUUUUUUGUGUAUCCUAUUAAUGUUGUCUCUCUCACGUUGAAAAAAAAAUAGUUACUUACACUCAAUGUUUAAAAAUAUAAAUAAACACACAACACUAUAUAUAUCUACACUACAUAAAUGUUGUGAAAAAUAUAAUUGUUCUUUGCUAUAGUUAUUAACAAUGUGAUUAAAUAAAUAUGUGGUU